GCGCGCGAGAAGCUGCAGAGGCGAUUCGAUUCGCUCGCGGACGCGGCGUGGGUUAACGUUGCCAGCAGCACCCAGAGCUGCUUCUCCGUCCGCCGACGCGCCGUAAGCCCCGUCAGAAAAAUGCUCGCGACGGCUAGCCUCGCUUUGGGCAUAUCAGCACACUCCCCCGCCCCUCCCCCACCGACACCUCUCCUCCCUCCACUGUCAGCUCUCCCGCCCCCGGGCACCCGCACACAAGUCAAGUCCAACGCCCGCUCCGGGUCGUAUUCCACGCUCCUUUGCCCCUCUUCUCUUCCCCUCGUCCUCCUCGCCCCGCUUGCCGCUCCGCUAUCUCGCCUCCGCCCAACAUGGCAGCCACGUUGCUCUCCUCCCCACCCGCCCUCCUCCUCUCCGUAGCUGCCUUCCUUUACAUCGUCCGCUGGCUCGCCAGCAGGAAGCGCCAGGACGUGCAUCGCGUUCCCAGCGCCCCCCCUGCGCUCGCGCACUGGCUCUGGGGCCACGAGCUCGCGACCUUCCAGGGCCAGGCGACCGAGACGUACACGAAGUGGGCCGCGCUCUGCGGGCCCUUCUUCCGCGUCAAGGGCGCGCUCUUCCACCCGGACAUCAUCGUCGCGGCAGACCAUGCGGCCGUCCAACACAUCUUCCAGAACGCGGACGACUACGUGAAGUCUCCCGCGUUCAGACCUCCCGUCGCGAACGUCCUAGGCAAAGGCCUCGUAUGGGCUGAAGGCGAGGACCACAAGACCCAGCGCCGCAUCAUCGCCCCCGCCUUCUCGUCGGAAGCCAUCAAGGGCAUGGCGGACGACAUUUCAGAGUGCUCCGAAAAGCUCGAGAGCAGACUGACGAACCAUGUGCUGUCCGCGGGCGGCGCAGCGACCGUCAACAUCACCGAGUACACCUCCACCUGCACGCUGGACAUCAUCGGGCGCGUUGCCUUUGGCCACGAUUUCAAGGCCGGGCAGAGCACCGAGGCGAAAGAGAUCCACGCCUCCUGGGAGGGCCACGUCAACACCGGGCUCGGGUUCGGCGGGUUCGUUGCGAUGCUCGUGAUGCGCGCCGUGCCCUUCAUCACGCUGCUCCUCACCAAGCUCCCCGUCGAGGCGAUCCGCGCCGGCGGGCGCAUCCGCGAGAUCACCACGAAGCUCUCCAUGCGCCUCCUCGAGAGCGGCUCCGUCUCCGAGAAGGGCCGCGACAUCAUGAGCAUCCUCGUCAAGGCGGAGCGCGCGGGCGCGUCCAAGGGCGGCGCGGCGCUCACCCCGCAGCAGAUCGUCGACAACGUGAACACGUUCAUCAUGGUCGGCCACGAGACGACCGCGGGCUCGCUCAGCUUCACGCUGCUCGAGCUCGCGCGCCGCCCGGACGUGCAGGAGCGCCUGCGCGACGAGAUCCGCCGCGUCGGGCGCGACCUCAGCUACGACGACAUCCAGCGCCUCGAGUACCUCGACGCGGUCGUCAAGGAGGGCCUCCGCCUGCACCCCGCGUCGCCGCAGACGGAGCGCGUCGCGCUCCGCGACGACGUGAUCCCGCUCAGCAAGCCCAUCACGACCGCCUCCGGGGAGACGCUCUCCUCCAUCCGCGUGCGCGCCGGCCAGGUCUUCCACAUCCCCUUCACGACCAUGCACGUGAACCCCGCGGUCUGGGGCCCGGACGCGGCCGCCUUCGACCCCGCGCGCUGGCUGACGCCCGGGCGCAUCCCGCCGCCGAGCGAGAUGCCGCACGGAUGGAGCGGGCUCGUGACGUUCUGCGACGGGCCGCGGAACUGCAUCGGGUACCGGCUCGCGGUGUUCGAGUUCAAGGUGAUCCUGGCGACGCUCGUGCGGAGCCUGGAGUUCCAUGAGACGACGGCGGUGGUGCUCGAGAAGAUCUCGCCGACGCUGCAGCCGGUCGUGGACGGCCGCGGGGGGCUGCUGCCGUUGCAUAUCACGCUGGCGCAAUGAGCGUGGCGCGUGGAUGCGCCGCUUUUGUGUAUAUGGUGGACUUGUUAGUCCGACCCUCACCGCCCCCCUUCGUUGCGCCACGCUCGCUCGUACAGGUAAGCCGCCCUGCCCCGCCCCUCGCUCGCCCGCGCUCUGGUAGACCAUCGCCCGCCCCUCGCUCCCGCUCCCUGGGUAGAUCCCCGUCCCGUCCCGCAUGGCCCCGUCUCCUCUCGCCCGGUCCCGGUACCAAAGUCGACUCCGAGUCGCACCUCGAUGGACGCUCGCCCCGCCUGUAAAAUACGCACACGCACGCACGCAUACACGGCCCCGCCCGGGAGGCGCGCGGCGCCCCGCACCUUACACGUACUCGCGCCCGCGCCCGCAGGGGUCCCGGUAGUAGCAGUAGUAGUAGACCAC